UUAUUCUGUAUCUCAGACAUCACAACUGAAUCAUUAUUAAACGUGCUUUAAAUGUCUUUUAUCUCCUCUUCACAGAAAAUGUAGAGGGGAAAUACAUCUCUCCGUUCCACGACAUCCCCAUCUACGCCGACGAGGCAGAGAAUAUCUUCCAUGCUGUCGUUGAGGUUCCCAGAUGGACAAAUGCAAAAAUGGAGAUCGCAACUAAAGAUCCCCUCAAUCCAUUGAAGCAGGACUUGAAGAAAGGAAAUUUACGCUACGUCAGUAACAUCUUUCCUUAUAAGGGCUACAUCUGGAACUAUGGAGCGAUUCCUCAGACGUGGGAGGAUCCAGGACACAGGGAUGGCGACACGGGUUGCUGUGGCGACAAUGAUCCCAUCGAUAUCUGUGACAUCGGGAAUAAGGUUUGCUCUCGAGGAGAAAUCAUCCGAGUGAAAGUGUUGGGCACUCUGGCGCUGAUUGACGAGGGAGAAACUGAUUGGAAAGUCAUCGUUAUAAAUGUCGAGGACCCAGAGGCUAAAGAUUUUAAUGAUAUCGAUGAUGUCCGCAGACUGAAGCCCGGCUACCUGGAGGCCACCCUCGAUUGGUUCAGAAUGUAUAAAGUGCCUGACGGGAAGCCACAGAAUCAAUUUGCCUUCAACGGUGAAUUUAAGAACAGGGAAUUCGCCAUCAAAACGGUUAAAGACACUCAUAGUUUUUGGAAAGCUCUGAUCUCCAAGAAAACCAAUGCCGGUGACAUCAACUGUAUGAACACCUGUGUCUCAGAGAGUCCCUUCUUCUGUUCCAGUGUAGAAGCCAAAGUCAUCAUAGAUUCAGCACAUCCCUACAGUGACGCAGACCAGAUGCCCAGCUCAGCUGAUAAAUGGUUCUAUUACAGCAAACCGUAAAAGAUCCUCAGAGGUGACGGGCUGAACACUACCUGUAUUAGCCAUAGAGGCAGAAUUAAAUAUUAGCUAACGGAGUACUGCGAUCUGUAUCUUCAUCAUGACAAUAAAAUCAGCUGUUGUUCUGAAACAUGUUUCUCUUGAGAUCCAUUUGGUCUAUUAAUAUG